UGUGUGUUUUAACAACAAAAGGCAGCAUCAGUAGCUAACUGUCAGCAGACACCUUCAGCCUCUUGUCUGCACAGAGGAGGUCGACCUGCUCCUCUUUGAAACCAACGAGCUGCUUGUCUUUCUGUGUGUGUGUGUUUUAAUUGAGAGUUUGUGUGUAUGUGUGUGCAAGUGUGUGUGCUGCCAAUGGGGAAUAAGCAACCAGUGUUUUCACACACCGAACAGCAGAGAGGACCACAGACGAGGACGGAGGCUCGUCUGAGAGGAGCAUGAGGCUGAGUUUGACUGCUGCUGUGUCGGUGUUUUAUUCCUGCUGCCUGUUAGCGUCAUGCUCGGUGAUAUCACACAGAAGGGCUAUGAGAAGAAGCGAUCCAAGCUGAUUGGAGCCUACUUCCCUCAAACACCAGGAAUGGAUCCAUCCAUGGGCCAGGAGAGGAGAACACCUGUCACUCCGUCUUCGUCCUCUCGUUACCACCGCCGGCGGUCUUCUGGCUCCAGAGACGAACGUUACAGAUCAGAUGUGCACACAGAGGCGGUGCAGGCAGCCUUGGCCAAGCACAAAGAGAGGAAGAUGGCUGUCCCCAUGCCUUCGAAGCGGCGGUCCCUGGUGGUCCAGACCUCCAUGGAUGCCUACACACCACCAGACACUUCCUCAGGCUCGGAGGGCGAAGGUCAAGGAGACGGCGAUGAAGAGGAAGGAGGAGAUGGCGAAGAAGAGGACGGAGGAGGCGGCGGAGGAACCUCAUCCAGCCGGGAGGGGAGCAUCAGCAUGGAGCACUGGAUCAGCCGGGCCAUCCACGGCACCUCCUCCACCACCACCACCACCUCCUCCACGGCGUCAUCCUCCUCUUCCUCCACACGCAGCGGGGGCAGCGGGGCGGCCGGCGGCAGGCUGGCCGACGUCCUGGCGCAACACGUCCACAUCUCCGCCCACCACCACCACCUCCGCCACCACCAUCACCACCACCACCACCACAAGACAGAGAACCACUCUGCCCCUCCAGAUGUCACCGGCUACACCAACAACACCGCCAACACCACCGCCACCGAUGGGAUCCAGGUGGAGAGAGCCCCCGGCGCCGGCACCGCAGCCCAGAGGCAGACACCCAAGUACGGCAACGCCGAGCUGAUGGAGACCGGAGACGGUGUUCCAGUCAGCAGCAGAGUUUCAGCCAAAAUCCAGCAACUCGUCAACACUCUGAAGAGACCCAAACGGCCGCCGUUAAGAGAGUUUUUUGUCGACGACUUCGAGGAGCUCCUGGAGGUCCAGCAGCCAGACCCCAACCAGCCCAAGGCCGAGGGGGCCCAGAUGGUGGCCAUGCGGGGCGAGCAGCUGGGCGUGGUGACCAACUGGCCUCCAUCUCUGGAGGCGGCCCUGCAGAGGUGGGGCACCAUCUCCCCGAAGGCGCCCUGCCUCACCACGAUGGACACCAACGGCAAACCGCUCUACGUGCUGACCUACGGUAAACUGUGGUCCAGGAGUGUGAAGGUGGCCUACAACCUGCUGCACAAACUGGGAACCAAACAGGAACCACUCGUCAGGCCUGGAGACCGGGUGGCGCUGGUCUUCCCAAACAACGAUCCUGGAGCCUUCAUGACAGCUUUCUACGGCUGCCUGCUGGCUGAGGUCGUCCCUGUGCCAAUAGAAGUACCACUGACCAGGAAGGACGCCGGCAGUCAGCAGAUUGGAUUUCUGUUGGGGAGCUGUGGAGUGACGGUGGCUCUGACCAGCGACGCCUGCCAUAAAGGGUUACCCAAGAGUCCCACCGGAGAGAUCCCACAGUUCAAAGGCUGGCCCAAGGUGCUGUGGUUCGUUGCAGAGUCCAAACACCUCUCCAAACCGCCCCGAGACUGGUUCCCACAUAUCAAGGACGCCAACCAAGACACCGCCUACAUCGAGUAUAAAACCUGUAAGGAUGGCAGCGUCCUCGGCGUAACCGUGAUGAGGAUAGCCAUGCUCACACACUGCCAGGCCCUCACACAGUCCUGCUCAUACACAGAAGCUGAGACCAUAGUGAAUGUAUUAGACUUCAAGAAGGACGUCGGACUGUGGCACGCUGUCCUGACUAGUGUGAUGAAUAUGAUGCAUGUCAUCAGUAUUCCCUACGCCCUCAUGAAGGUCAACCCUCUGUCCUGGAUCCAAAAAGUCUGCCAGUACAAAGCCAAAGUGGCCUGUGCGAAGUCGCGGGACAUGCACUGGGCUCUGGUGGCCCAUCGGGACCAGAGAGACAUCAACCUGAGCUCCCUGCGCAUGCUGGUGGUGGCUGACGGUUCAAAUCCCUGGUCGAUUUCAUCCUGUGACGCCUUCCUCAACGUCUUCCAGACUAAAGGUUUGAAGCCGGAGGUCAUCUGUCCCUGCGCCAGCUCCCCCGAGGCUCUCACUGUGGCUAUAAGGAGGCCAGUGGAGGAGGGCAGCACCCCUCCUGGUCGCGGCGUGUUGUCCAUGCAGGGUCUGAGUCACGGCGUGAUCCGGGUCGACUCGGAGGAGAAGCUGUCGGUCCUCACGCUGCAGGACGUCGGCUCCGUCAUGCCCGGAGCUAUGAUGUGUGUGGUGAAACCGGAAGGCGUUCCUCUGCUCUGUAAAACCGAUGAGAUCGGGGAGUUGUGUGUUUGCACUGUCGCCACGGGAACCUCCUAUUAUGGCCUGGCUGGUAUGACCAAGAACACCUUUGAGGUUUUCCCCAUGUCCAACAACGGGGCUCCCGUCAGCGAGUUUCCCUUCACCAGGACCGGCCUGCUGGGUUUCAUCGGACCUGCAGGUCUGAUCUUCGUGGCGGGGAAGAUGGACGGCCUGAUGGUGGUCGGGGGACGUCGGCACAACGCUGACGACAUCGUGGCCACGGCACUCGCUGUGGAGCCCAUGAAGUUUGUCUACAGGGGCAGGAUAGCGGUGUUCUCCAUCACGGUGCUUCACGAUGAGAGGAUCGUGGUCGUGGCUGAGCAGAGGCCAGACUCCACCGAGGAGGACAGUUUCCAGUGGAUGAGCCGAGUUCUGCAGGCGAUAGACGGUAUCCACCAGGUGGGGGUGUACUGCCUGGCUCUGGUGCCCUCCAACACUCUGCCCAAGACUCCCCUGGGUGGCAUCCACCUGUCAGAGACCAAGCAGCUCUUCCUGGAGGGGUCGCUGCACCCCUGCAACGUGCUCAUGUGUCCGCACACCUGCGUCACCAACCUGCCCAAACCCCGGCAGAAACAACCAGAGAUCGGUCCUGCGUCCGUGAUGGUUGGGAAUCUGGUGUCGGGGAAGCGGAUCGCUCAGGCCAGCGGCAGGGAUCUGGGUCAGAUCGAAGACAAUGACCAGGCAAGGAAGUUCCUCUUCCUGUCUGAGGUGUUGCAGUGGAGAGCCCAGACCACUCCAGACCACGUCCUGUACACGCUGCUCAACUCCAGAGGUACGAUAGCCAGCUCUCUGACUUGUGUCCAGCUGCAUAAGAGAGCAGAGAAGAUCGCCGCCAUGCUGGCUGAACGGGGCCACCUGCAGGACGGAGACCACGUCGCACUGGUCUACCCUCCAGGUAUCGACCUCAUCGUGGCGUUUUACGGCUGCCUGUACGCCGGCUGCGUGCCGAUCACGGUGCGGCCGCCUCACCUGCAGAACAUCGCCACCACGCUGCCCACCGUCAAGAUGAUCGUAGAGGUGAGCCGGUCGGUGUGUGUGAUGACCACACAGCUCAUCUCUAAACUGCUGAGGUCGAAGGAGGCCUUGGCCGCCGUGGACGUCCGGACCUGGCCCCCUGUCCUGGACACAGACGAUUUGCCAAAGAAGAAACCUCCUCUGCUGUAUAAACCGUCCAACCCCGACACCCUGGCCUACCUGGACUUCAGCGUCUCCACCACCGGCAUGCUCGCUGGAGUCAAGAUGUCUCACACAGCCACCAGUGCCUUCUGCCGCUCCAUCAAGCUGCAGUGUGAGCUUUACCCGUCCAGAGAGGUCGCCAUCUGCCUGGACCCGUACUGCGGCCUGGGCUUCGUCCUCUGGUGCCUUUGCAGUGUGUACUCAGGUCACCAGUCCAUCCUGAUCCCUCCGUCCGAGCUGGAGGUGAACCCGGCUCUCUGGCUCUCCGCCGUCAGUCAGUACAAAGUCCGCGACACUUUCUGCUCCUACAGCGUCAUGGAGCUCUGCACCAAAGGCCUGGGCCUGCAGACCGACUCGCUGAAGUCUCGAGGCCUGGACUUGUCUCGGGUGAGGACCUGUGUGGUUGUAGCGGAGGAGCGUCCCAGGAUAGCCCUGACGCAGUCCUUCUCCAAACUCUUCAAGGACCUGGGACUCCACCCUCGGGCCGUCAGCACCUCCUUCGGCUGCAGGGUCAACCUGGCGAUCUGCCUGCAGCCUCACAGGCUGGGAAAACUUGCCGACCAGGGCACCUCAGGACCUGAUCCCACGACUGUGUACGUUGAUAUGAGAGCGCUACGGCACGACAGGGUCAGAUUAGUAGAGAGGGGGUCGCCACACAGCCUGCCACUGAUGGAGUCUGGGAAGAUUUUACCGGGGGUCCGAAUCAUCAUCGCCAACCCAGAGACCAAGGGACCAAUGGGAGAAUCACAUCUGGGAGAGAUUUGGGUUCACAGCGGCCACAACGCCAGCGGCUACUUCACCGUCUACGGAGAUGAGGCGCUGCAGUCGGACCAUUUCAACUCCAGGCUCAGCUUCGGAGACACGCAGACCGUCUGGGCUCGGACCGGAUACCUGGGCUUCCUCCGCAGGACCGAACUCACCGACGCCAGCGGAGAGCGUCAUGACGCCCUGUACGUGGUCGGUGCUCUGGAGGAAGCCAUGGAGCUGAGAGGGAUGCGUUACCAUCCCAUCGACAUCGAGACCUCCGUCAUCAGGACGCACAAGAGCAUCACAGAAUGCGCGGUGUUCACAUGGACCAACCUGCUGGUGGUGGUGGUGGAGCUGGAUGGCUCGGAGCAGGAGGCCCUGGACCUGGUCCCCCUGGUCACCAACGUGGUGCUGGAGGAGCACUACCUGAUUGUGGGUGUGGUGGUGGUGGUCGACAUCGGCGUCAUCCCCAUCAACUCCCGCGGCGAGAAGCAGCGCAUGCACCUGCGCGACGGCUUCCUGGCCGACCAGCUGGACCCCAUCUAUGUGGCUUACAACAUGUAGCUCCCCCUGGUGGCUGAAAACGGAGGUGGAUGAAUAAUUAUUUAGAAAGAUGCAAAGACUGACUGCUCCUAAGACUGAAAAGAAUAAAAGCGGAGUCCAAGGCGGAGUUUUUGGCAUAAGGGGAGGAAAUAGUUGACUUUUUUUUGCCCUGAAUAUUGUCUCUCAGGCAGCACUUUAUCGCAGGCUAAGUAUCAAGUGGUUAUGGUUAGCAUUCAGCCAAUGGUUUCAGUUUGAAAGCAGUGAGAUUUGUGCUCAGCCUGAGAGGAAGCGCAGCCACUUCCUUACAGGGCAAGAAAGUAGUCCCCCAUUUUUGCCGACUGUUUACUGAAAAGUGGCAAUCGUGUGGCCCAGAGGCAGAAGAGGACAAUCGCUAACAUAGCAAAGAUUCUGGCUUUUAAAGUACAUUUGGCUCAUUCUAUAUUUUCCCGUUAAGUAUUUCAAGUUUUUUUUCUUCUUUGGUUUGCUAUUAACAUGUCCUCUACAAAAAAGUUAAGGCUAUUUUUUGAAAAGGAUAUUUACACAAAAACAAAACAAACUGUGGCAAAAAUGAUAUUUUUUGUUUUUACGAUAUCAACCAUUACAAAAGUGUGAGAUAUGUUUUGAUACGAGGGUGGGUCUCUGAGGAGGGGGGUGGGGGGGUGAAUUGCAGCUGUCUUUCAAUUUUACGAUGAGGUACUAACCGUUUGUUUCAUGUUAGCUUGUUUUUGUUUUUUUCACUUUUUUGUAAGCAUAAGUGUUACGUUUGUUGUUGUUUUUUUUAAACUCAGCAUUAUUUUCAGAACCGUCCGUCCCAACUCAGCGGGAAAUCAGUGCUAAUUUUCAUACACUAACAGCUGCAGCCUUUAACUCUGUUUAUUUUUCCGUACAAACAAGCUUCGACUGAAGCAAAACAAUACAUAAAUUCAUAUCAUGUAAGUAUGUACAAAAAGAAACUGAUUUAAUUUAUUUUGUUUCUCUUUUAGAAGUAUAUGACGAGACGUUCAAGAAUGUUUUGCUCUUGAAUAUUUGCUAAUAUAAAAAAAACAAAAAAGCAUUGUAUUAUCUUGGGUGAAACGGACUCACAUCAAGCAUAUUAUGAAAAAAUAGAAAUAUAUGAGUAUAGAUUAUAUUAAAAGAUGAGUUAAAGUAUUCAUCCCGGACAGAAGCAGUUCUACACACAAUGCUUUUCAUCUGUAUGUUGGUCUGAAAUGUUAAAGUCAGUCAAAAGGAAAACUAUUGGAAGAACUGAAGAGUUUCAUUCCUACUUCAAUGAGUUCUGAACCAAAACUGACCAGUUUGGGGCAUAAAAACAUGAACGUUUAAUAGAUGAAGACUCUAAAAGUUUUGACCUUUUUCCUCCAAAAACAUUAGGACAGAUGUUUUUUGAUGAGUCAUUCCUUAAAGUUGGUCAUUUGUGCCUUGAGAUUAUAAAUUAUUUCUCAAAUUUCUAAUUGGUGCACUCUGUUUAUCUAUUUAAUUCUCUCAGUUUAUUAAUUUACAUGAUAAUAAAACUGCAUAAUUUGCUUGUUCUGCUUUCUCAUGUGGAGGGCAGCUCUAAGAUUUCACCUCGCUCAGCCAGAAAUUUAAUCAAUCUUAAAAUUAUUUAAAUUGACUUAAUUUAUGAACUGAUGAUGUCUGUAAUAUCAGGGGUUUUAUUAGGUUAGAAUAAUGUGCAGAAAACUGCAGCAAAAGCACCAUUAAAGGCAGUGAACAAAACUAAUGCCAGUUGAUAAAUGUGGGAUUUAAAAUAUGUUUAAAAUUAACUCUGCAAAUGUUUUUUAAGGAAAGAAAUGCAUUUGUUAAAUGUCAAGGAUACAAGAAAUCACAGAUUAUCUGUAAGUUUAAUGGUUUUAAAGAUAAUUUAGAUGUUUUAAAUGCCUAUUUUCAGGAGCUUUUAUUGUAUAUUUUUCCAGGUUUUGGUUCAGUGACACCAUGUUGUUUAACAGCCAAAAUCCAAAGAAUAUCACUGUAUGUCUAUGAAUUUAAAGAAAACCUCAGUACAUUAAAUACACAGUUUAUGUAAUUUGAGGAAAUAGUUUGUAAUUUAGGAUCACAAAUCUAAUUUUAAGAGAUCCUGAACUAAGCUCUGUAACCUUACUUUCUUUGCUGUUAAGACACAUUAACUGAUUUUGGACAUUUGCUGACCUCUUGUGGUGACCAGAUGGAAUUGCAACAAGCAUACGCUGGAAUUUCUGAUUCAUUAUAAAAUUGAAUUAAUGUAUGAACUCUUCAUAUAUAUCAUGUUUAUUAGGGAACAAACUGGUCUAUGAAAUGUCAUAAAUGGGAAAUUCUCCAAAACUGAUUACUGGAAUGAAACUCCUCAGUUCAAACAGACCAACAGCAGCACCAGACAUGUUUUUGUUGUAACACCUCCGGCUGGGAAAAAGGUGAAUCCUCAUCGACGCCUUUGAGUGCCCCCCGAUUAUGGCAGGUAGGCAGGCGAGCGGCCACUACUAUUGUAAAUAUCAGAGUCAGAAGUCCCUCAUAUUUUUUACAUGGACAGAUCAAUCAGGGCUCAUUACAGUGAUGUCACGACAGGAAUAAAGACUGAAAACAGGAAGCAGAAGGUGAAAGGUGUUUUACCAGAGACCCUUUAACUCAUUACAGAGCUGUGGAGGAGGUCAAAGGUCAGAGGAAUAUGACCUUCAGUCUGUGAAACGCGAUUCAAGGUUUGAUGCUUCUUGUCUUUGGCUGAGAAUGUUCUAGUUUCAACACAAGGAUUUUUUUUUUAAGAUAAAGCACUUUCUUCACCGUUUGUUUCUCUUUCUUUUAUCAGCAAAAUGUAUGUCCCCUGGUAUGUUUUUUUUAAAGGUUUUAAAAAUGUCUUAUUUGAGUUGACAUAAGUCUUUCAAUUAAAUAAAUAUUUCAACAAUUUUGACAAUAAAAACAAGUUUUUGUCUCAUU